AUGUCGGGCAUUGAAAUUGCCGGCCUGGUCCUUGCCGCCCCAGGAAUGGUUCAGAUGUUUUUCGACAUUGGCGAAAAGAUCCACAGAAAGAUGAAGAAUGACAAGAGAAUGAAAGAUUAUGCUAGAGAUCUUGGCAAGUUCCUUAUCGAUGACGGCAAAGCGCAGGUAACUCGGGAUUUGGAGCUUGCUAAAGGAGUAUUAAGGGAUCAAACUACGCGAACCGACGAAAAAGAGCGAAUAAGCCGGGUCUUUAAUCGAGCCUUGGGUCAGCUGAAGCACAUCGGUAGCUUGGUAGACAUUGCGCUGGGAUCUGAGCUUCUAUGGCUCCGAAAACGGUCGAUGGCGUUAAAAGAUCUGAAGGAUGAGGUCAGCGACAUGAGAGCUUCUUUAUCUGAAUUCCACCAACUCGUCAUGAGCUUGCACACUAUCGCAACAUCAGAGCCCUUGCUGCUGCUAGAAGAUCAACAUUUCGUCCUCAUUGGCGCUGAGAAAGACGGAGACAUGCUGAAUGCCACCACAUGUAUCACGAGAGGUCGAGCGUCGAGCGCGGUUUUCCCUGAUUGUCCGGGGAACGGCCGCUUCAUCUUGGAAGGCAAGCAUUACACAAAAUACACAAUGAAACAGGUCAAAAAAGACUUGCGUAUUCUAUCACAGAAGCUGGCUGCCGCGAGUCCAGACGGCGGCAUUUUGCCCUUGCUAGGAUUUCGCGAUAAUCCUCCAAGGAAUGAAUUCCAGCUGGUGUUUAGCAUUCCUGAUGGUGUUGGAUCUAUUCAGACUCUUGACAAGGCAUAUAGCCAACCGCAACCGUCACUCAACUUCCGAAUUCAUCUCUGCAGUGGGCUUGCUGAAGCUCUUCUGCAAACACAGAGGCUGGGUCUUGUCCAUAAGCAUAUCCGACCUGAGAACAUCCUUUUGCUUUCCACGGGGGAUGAUGCCCCUCCAACUGUGUUUCUAGCUGGUUGGCAAUACGCUAGAAACGUUGACGGAAGAGUCACAAAGCUCAUUGGAGAAAGCACAUGGCAAAGAGCUAUUUAUCAACAUCCAGAACGCCAGAGCGACCACGUGGAUAACGAGUAUUGCAUGGGUCAUGACAUUUACAGCUUAGGUGUCUGCAUGUUGGAAAUACUGACAUGGGAUCCUCUUGCCAUCACUACGGGCGAUGGUGAUUCGCAAGGAGUAUCCAUGUGUCAGACGUACAGGGCAACUUUUGCUCAAGACGAGUUCAGGAACGAAUCUGAGGAAGAAAAGUCUGACGAGGAACGGCUCAUGCAGAAUCCUCAAAUGGUUCAGCGCACCCUUUUCCGUAUGGCCGAGAGACUGGUCCCGGCGGCAGCGGGCAUCAGGAUGAGAGACCUUGUAUGGCACUGCAUGACAUGUCUGGAUGAAGAAGUGACCCGUGGGCAGUUCCAAAUUUCCCAAGAAAGAGAGAGUAAGGAUGUUGCUAUUGGUUUUGUUGACACUGUGUUGCGGGACAUUCGUCGAGUUAUGAGCGUCAUUUGA